AUGAGAGAUCAACAUGGCUUCCAUGCAGAGGAGCAUAUGUAUAAGAAAAGACUCCAGUCUUGGGAUCUAAGGAAAAACUAUACGCAGGAGCAAAAAUUGAGUGCUUAUGCUCAUAUCCAACAGCACGGUGGCGUCAACGGUGACGGCUUUUUAAUUAGUGGGAAAGUCCUUAUCCCUAUCCCGGAUCCAACGCCCAGUUCAACGACAAGGAAAGAAAUUGACUCUUGUCGUGGCAAAACCUUGCGGAUGCCAUGCAGGAUACUUCUUUUCGGGAUUACCAAGGACAAGAAAUAUCUUGUAUCAUUUUGCGAAUACAAGUUCCAGGCGAGAAUCAUGACCCUAGCUAGGCGAUUGCAGUCGAGCGCCGACUUGUUGGAUUGCUUGCCGCAUUUGAGAUUGCUCGCUGGCAGAAUGCACCGCGACACAGGCGAGGAAUCGGCUCUACUAAGCGCCUUAAGCGAGGAUGUGCUCAUAAUGAAUCGUCUUGAUGACGCCGCCUCAAGGGAUAUUAACUUAGUAUACAAACUUGGAAACCUAAGACUUUCGCAAGAUCGCCUUGGCGAAGCUGAGGAGUUAUCGACAGAAGCCAUAGCACUCGCUGAACAGAUCCCAGAGGCCGGAGAAAAGAGUGUCUCAAGGGUCUGUAUGUGGACGUUCAGCUGCACGGGGAUUCUCUUCGCGAAGAGAGGAAAUUUAGUCGAACGGAACCGAUACUACAAAUUGGCGUUGGAAAGAAGUACUUCUGUUGUCCAAGGAGUUUUGAAUGAGGCUGAUCGUCUUAGACGAGUGAGGUGGUUGGAAGACGUGGUGAGAUAUUAUACUCGAAAAGGGAACCUACAGGAGGUGCAAAGUCUACGUGAGCAGUAUGGCUUUCUGUGGGCUGAGCUUGAUCAAGAGGAGUUUGGAAUUUGGGAUGGGACACGUGCUAGUUCCUGGCUUUAG